GUCAAUAAUAAACCUAACAAAAUAAGAAAUCAUAUGAAGCUGAUGAAUAAACACUCUCAUACAAGCAUACACACUAGGUAUAACUACUUGUUAGCUAGUUAGCUGAAUCAAACUUAAGUUUUAAAUGAUUAUAAAGAAUUAUUCAUUUCAUUACUGAUUUACAAUAACCCUAACAAAAGACUAUUCUCUCUUAUUGUCAAGAGAGUUUUCAGGUUUUUUUUAACUUUUAACAAAACGUAACAUUAAAAGAUAAAAAUUAUUUUCUGGAAAAAAAAGGUAUUUCGUAUCAACUGAUAAAAUUAUUUUAAUGAAAAUAAACUUAGACCCUCCUGCCCCCCUUGAAUACUAAUUCACAGAUUUUCCCAUUGAAGUUAACAACAACAACAAUCAUCUACGUUUAACUAAAUUCACUGUGAAGAAAAUGCCCUGUUUAUGGAUUAUAUGUAACUUUUCUAUUGUAAAUAAUGCAUAUCGAAUACUUCCAACAAGAAAAUAUCCUUUGUUUUUCACUCUCAUCGUUUAAUAAUCAUCAAAGUGUUUAAACACAAUUAUGACUGUUUAUUACAUACUACUUUUAAAAUGAUAAAAUUUAGUAGUAACAACUUAUAAAUACACGAUAAUAGUAUUUCCAUAAUCAAGAACAAAAUUCUAUUCAGUACACUAACACACACACACAUAAACACGAAGAACAUAAAGAAAAAAAGGUUUCAAUUAUUGAUAACAAUUGUAAAACGUCGUUUAAUGUUUCAUGCAAUGUGUUUCUUUAAAAGAUAAUUACUAUCAAACUAUUUACGAAAAUCGAAAAAAAAGAUGGAUGAAGCAAUAAAUGAGUAAAUCUAUAGGAUAUCCUAUUGUAAUCUAAACGCAUUUAUUGAUUAAUCAUGUCCAGUUAUCGUUGGCCACCAGUUCCUACAUCUGGACUUAAAUCACGAGAUCUAACUUCCAAUUAUUCAAAUGGAUAUCAAUCAAAUAAAAACUAUGGAAGUAGUGUUUCAAGUCCAGCAGUACAGUAUAAUUCAACGAAAUCACUGGGGACAACAUCUUAUCCAAAUUUUGGCACAAGUUAUACAUCAGAUAUUUAUGGUUCUAGAAAAAAUCGUGCAAGUUCUAUAACUGGUAAAAACGAUAUUAAUGAUUAUACAUAUGGUUCUGGACGUCAUUCAAAUAGUGGAACAGAUUAUUCAUCAAAUUUUUCAAGUUUCUCAAGUGGUCGCUAUCCCAGUGGAUCUAUAUCAUCAUCACGAGAUUCUGGUUCUGUAAAGGAUUAUAAUAAUUUGUCCAAAUCAACUGGUAAUUAUCAUCGACCAUCAGUUAGUAGUUUAUCUUCUUCAAUUGUUAAAGAAGAAGAUGAAAUAGAUGAAUCAAAUAAUAAUAGUUCAACAAAAUAUAUUGUUGUUACAAGUAGAGCUACUUCCACUGAAGAAAGUUCUCAAUACAAAAAUAAAUUAACUGGUAUAUCUACGACAAAAACAGAAAAGAUAGAAAUUAAAAUGCCUCGUCCAGUUAAUAUACAUAAUUAUACACAAACUGGUGAUGAUAUAAUUCUACCCCCGACUAAAGUUUCAUCUCCCUUACCUAAUGGAGAAAAAGUUAGUGGUCCUCGACGUAUAAACAUCGGUGGACGAUACUUAAGACAAUUAUCAGGUAAUGAAGACGAAACACAGAGUCCUAAACCUGGUCGUGGUGGAUGGAGAGAGUCUGUUUACGGUGUUGAUUACUUAAACAUGUCACGUGCACAAACUCAACCACCAUGUUCAUCAAGCCCAGCUACUAAUAACAUUACACCUAGUGAACAAAAGCGUUUAGAACGUGAAAAAAUGCUCGAAGAAGAUUGGAAAAAACAAAUUCAACUAGAAAUCGAACGAGAAAAUCGUCGUCUACGUCAGUUAGAACGUAAAGCUAAAUGGGAAAAAGACGAGAUAAAAAAUCGUGAAUUAGAAGAAGAAAUCAAGCGUAGAAAACAAAUUGCCGCAAGUUUAGCUGAAAAAGAAGCUAAUUACAAGUCAGAUUUUCAUGCACAACAAAAUAAAGACCACCAGUCCGCACAAAAAUUGCCAAUAGCUAAAAAGUUUGAGACGAUUAUCUCUCAGGAUCCAAUACAAAAAGUUAAUAGUUGGCGUCAGCAGAAUUCUCUACAAGAGGCUGACCCCCCACAUGCUGGUGAAAUGGAUAAUUCUCAGCUAUGGGAUAUGCCACCGAAAAGCAAUAGUUCCGAUAUUGUGAAACUGCGGUCACAAAAUAGACAGCCAAGUGGAAAAUCUGAUGCAGUAAGAUAUUCUCGAGAUUCAGAGGCUACUUUACGCCAAGACACACUCACAUCUUCAGUUAACAGUGCACCAGUAUAUGAGAACGGGGUAUCAAAUAGACGUCGAAGUUCUGCAAUGUCAGCUUCUUACUUUUCAAAGCAUACAGACAUUGACGAUAUAUUAAAAGACAAUGUUUCAUCGAAGCAAGACAGAAAAACAUCUAAAGAUAUGCUGAAUGAUAUUAGUAAACGAAAAGAUUACUAUGCAGAUGGAAGUGGUGACUCUGACGAUGAUCAAUGUAAAAUUGUAUAUAAAUCAUGGAAAGCUAAGGAAGCAUUUCAAAAAAUGCCAUUUGAACUACAAAAUUUAUUAAUGAAAAGUCAUAAACGACAAAUUACUAUACCAAUGUUAUUGAAUGUUUGUCGUAAUAAAAAUCAUGAUAGAAAAUUCACAGAUUUAGAAGAGAAAAAUUUUCGUGGUUAUCGUACUGUAGAUGAAUUACUAACUGAAUCUGGAAUCGAUGUUAAAAAACUCGAAGACAGUACACUCCAGCUGUACAAGUUCGGCCAGGCACAAUCCGAGUUCGGUUCAUACCUUGAUCUUGACUCUACAUUACAGGAGCAAUGGGAAGAUUUGGAAAUAUCUGCCGAUCAGGAGAACAGUGUUGUUCUUCGAACAAAGCUCGUUGUUCGUGUUAAAGCGAUCACUGAAAAAUUAUUAGAUGCCAAUGGUCGAGAGUUAAAACGUUCGCUCUUUUCAUUAAAACAAAUAUUUCAGGAUGACAAAGACCUUGUACAUGAAUUUGUUACACAUUCCGGUUUAGAUUGUUUAGUGAAUGUUGGCUCUAGAUCAGAUCAAAAUAUACAAAAUUAUAUUCUUCGAGCUUUGGGGCAAAUUAUGCUCUAUGUUGAUGGAAUGGCUGGUGUCAUUGAACAUCCAAAUAUUCUACGAUGGUUAUAUUCUCUUUUAACGUCUAAGUUUCGACUUGUUAUGAAGACCGCGCUCAAACUCCAACUGUUAUUUGUUGACUAUGCUGAAAUGAAUGCAAUGAUUUUUGUUAAAUCUGUAGAAGCAUAUCAUACAAAUACUCCUACUUCUGGUCGACCUUGGUCGUACAUAAUCAAUAUACUGAAUAAUGAAGCUAGUGAUUCGGAAUUAUUGAUCUAUGCCAUGACUUUGCUAAAUAAAACAUUAAAUUCUAUACCGGAUCAGGACACAUUUUAUGAUGUCACAGACUGUCUAGAAGAAAUGGGAAUGCAGAAAAUUGUUCAAUGUCAUUUAACAAAGAAAAACUGUGAUCCAGAACUAGCUGAACAAUUAAAUUUAUACGAAGCAAGUCUACGAUAUGAGGAUGGUGAAGAUUUCGAUGAAUUACCUUUACCGGUUAGUGGUCGUGAAAGUUUACGUCAAGGUAGACGUAUGAGUAGAGUACAGUUUAUGAAAACACCUGAAGGUGAAGCACUAUUAUCAUCUAUGCAUGCUUUACCAACUAGUCAAUCAAUGGCUAGUGAAAUGGAUGGAAUGCUUGGUCGAAAAUCAAAACGUUUCCAAUCGGUAGAAAAUUUACAAAAUAGUGGAUUAUCAAAAAGUGUUAAAAAUGCAAAUUUCCAUCCGCAUACAAAACAAACUGAACAGAAACUAGUCAAUGCUUUCCUAGCUAAAGAAGGCAAACACAAUGAAAAUUUGAGUCGAGAUGAUAAACGAAAACCUGAAAUGAAUGGUUCUGAAUCUAUGGAUGAUGUGAAAGGUAAAGCUAUCGUUGUACCUGAUAGUCCAAUUGCUGGAUCAUUAAAGAAUAAAAUAGAAGCACUUAGUCGUGCAUCACAAAAACAAUCUGAACAUUCUACACCGAUUAGUCCACCAUCAGUUACAUUAUCUAAUACAACUGGAACAGUGCAUUUAUUGAAAGAAAAACAUUCAUCAUUUGAAAAUGCUGAGGAACCAGUAAAACCUCAGCUACCACGUGAACGUACUGGUAAAAUUUUGUCGGUCAAAGAUCGUUUUGAAUCAGGGAUAUCGACAAAACCACCAAGUUCUCCUGGCUCUUUAGUAUCUCCUAAAAAGGUAACUACAGAACAAACAACUACACCAGCCAGUUCAAUACUAGGAGAAUCAGAAACUAAUGUGGAAACGUUUUGGCAACGUUGUUUGGAUAAAGUUAAACGACGGCCACUUCGUCUGAAAGAUUUAGACUUUACUGAUCUGGAAGCCGAAGAACAAGAGGAUGGUAAAGAAUCACCUAGAUUGCUAGGUCCUGGACCGCUACCGCCACCACCUUUUCGAGGUGGUCUUCCUCCUCCACCCCCACCACCUGCAGUGUCUAGUGGCCUACCUCCACCUCCGCCUCCACCUCCAACUGCUUCAGGAGGUGCUCCUCCUCCACCACCACCAGCUCCUGGUGCUAGUGAAUCUUCAAGUAUACCUUCGAACCUUCCACCAGCUCCUGGUACAGAGUUGCCUAAGUCAAAGAAAACUAUUCGUCUUCAUUGGACUGAAUGGAAACCAACUGCGAAAGAUUUAAAACUGAUCGCAUCAACUAAGUCUUCAUCAUCAUGUGAUAAACCAGAUAAAGCUACGGGUAUAGGCAGUAGAUUCACUUCUGCUUUAUUGAAUAACAAAACAAAAGAAGUGAAAAGGGACGUGAAAACUAUUGCAAAUGCUACAGUUUGGUCUGAAAUUGUUCCAGUGAAAUUAGAUCCAGAUUUUUUGGAAGAAACAUUUGAAAAUCGUUCAUCUGACAUAAAAAUAAAGAAACAAGAGGUGGCUGUCAAAAAAAUUGAAGUUCUAGAUAUGAAACGUUCAAAUGCAAUCAAUAUUGGUUUAAAAGUUUUGCCGCCACCGCGUACAAUCAGUUCUGCAAUUUUAAAAAUGGAUCAUUCAAUUAUAAAUAGAGAGGGUAUCGAGAAACUGUUAACAACAAUGCUACCAACAGAUGAAGAAUGUGAAGCUAUAAUGAAAGCAAAAGCAGAACAAGAUGGAUUACCACUUGGACAAGCUGAACAAUUUCUUGUUACAUUGUCAGCAAUAAGUCAUUUAAAGCCACGUUUAGAAUUAUGGUUAUUCAAAUUGGAUUAUGAACAGAAUGAAAAAGAAAUAGCUGAACCGUUAAAUGAUUUAAAACAGGCUGUUAUAGAACUUAUCAAUUGUAAAACUUUACGGUAUAUUCUAUCCGUUCUUUUGUCUAUUGGGAAUUUUUUAAAUGGUUCAACUGCUAGAGGGUUUACGUUGGAUUAUCUAGGUCGGUUACCUGAAGUGAAAGAUACGAAAUAUAAGAAUAGUUUGUUACAUCACGUAUGCUCUAUAGUAUUGGACCAAUUUCCUGAUAGUACAGAUUUACAUUCGGAAUUAGGAGCAUUAUGUCGUUGUCAUCGAGUUGAUUGGGAUGAGUUACCGAAACGUUUGGAGAAACUAGAAACAGAUAGUAAACGAUCUUGGGAACAUUAUCGAUUAAUAUUCAGUUCUGAAAAAGAAUCAAAUAAAAAUAUCAAGUAAAUUUCAUUUGCUUUCACUAUUCAUUCAUAUUAUUCAUAUAUAUGUAUAUAUAUAUAUAUAUUGAACAAAUUGGCUGUUUUUUUCUUUGUGGGAUGUUGCCGAAGGUGUGGUCUAUUGUGAUAGUUACUUAUUGUUCCAUUUUUGUUUUCCUGAGGUUGAAUAAAAUCUUAAAAUCCUAUUAUACCCAUUUAUCAGAGUUUUCUCUAAAAAGAAGAUACUUUGACAUGUCUUGUUUUUAAAUCCUCUUAGAUCUGUUUGUCCCUAUCUAAUAUUUUCGAUAAACUUUUGUAAUCACCUGAAAUAUUUAUGACUUUUAAUUAGCUUACUCAAUAGAUGAUUAUUUUUAGUCUUCAACGUCCUUAUAACUCACAAUUAUGAAGUAUAUAUGUCAACUAAAUAUCUCAGUGUUUGUCGUCAGCUUGUAAUGACUGCGAAGCAAACAAAAGAUAAUUUACAUUGGUGCUUUAUGAAGAGUUUUUUAUAGUUUAAAAUCCUAAAGCAACUAGGUAGAGUCAAAAAAUGAAAACUAUUUUAGAACCGGUUACCACUUAAAUGUCAAAAAAUUUACUUGCUCGGCUAAUCCGUAUUUGUUGAUACGUAGAUUGACUUAGACAGAAACAUAUGGUUCAUCACAUUGGUUAGAUUAAUGAAGUUGCAUACGUUUAGUUGAUAAACUCAUUGGAGCACUAUAAAGGCAUUUUAUGAAUUAUUCAUUCAUCAGUGUAUAUAUGUGUAUGUUCUUACAGGACAACGAUUAUUGAUGGGAUUUGGAGAAAGAAAGAAAAAGUGUAUGAAAUAUUGAGAAUUGAAAAAAAUUGUAAUUGAAUGCAUGUUUAAUACCUUGUGACUAUGAAUAAAUCUCUUAUUAUUGUUUUAUUAGUCAAAAAAUGAAGCUUUGUGACAAACUACAUUAUUCUAUUUUGUAAAAUUCACUCACAAGAAAUUUAUGCAGUUUGUUUUUUGAAGAAAGAUAAAUAGACGUUCAGGGAUAAGUAAUUACGACACAGAAAAUGUGUCUUAUUUCGUCAUCCUUCAAAACAGUAUCAUAAAGUAUAUCGUCUAAUUCAUUGUAAUUUGUACACAUACAAAAGAUUGAUUAGAAUGCUGGCUAAGAAGCUAACAUGAACGAUUUUUGUUAAUGAAUCAUAAUUGUUUUUUAAACGAUUAUCUCUCUAAAGGAUUUCAACAUUCCUUCAAAUAGAUGUUAUACAUUUUCACAGUUGAAAUCAGGAGUUCAUCUAAGUUAGACCACCGUUGAAAACCUGUAACCACUCAAUGGCUGUUUCAUCCCACUGUGGGGCUCCUCAGCAAUGCAUGUCCACAAUAUAAUGUAAGCAGUUUAUUAAUUGGCAAACAUAUCUAUCAGUUUGAAGUUGCCAAAUAUCCAAUCACCUCAAUGUAAGAAAAAACAAUAACACUAAUCGUAAUGAAAGAUUGGGUUAAAGAGUUAUAGUGGAAAGGAAGAGAAUGAAAUGGAGGCAUUAAAUAUGCAUGAAAUAAAUAUGUGCUUCCACAUCAGUUGCUGAGAAUGAAAACAAAGAGAAAGACUUUUUGGGAAGAGGAGGAGGUUUAUAGACUGAGUGAUUCCUGACAGACCACAUGUUACUGCAAGGCCAAACAAUUUUCAUGUUGUCAUAAGGAAAUAAUGAUCAGCCAUAUGUUCAAGUGUAACCAGAUCUACUAUAAGUAAGUGAAUUAUUCAUCUGAACAAGGUCACCAUUCAUGUAUCUUCGUGUGGAUCUCUCCAUUAUUAUAUAUGUAUGUAUAUACACACAAUGUAUAUGUUUGUCUGACCUUUGGCAGUAAAGCUCCCUGUGCUCUCCUGGUCUUCUGAUGUUACUUAACUGGUCGGGUAAGCGUUACGAAGCAUUCAGUCUGAGUUCGACCGUAGAAUAUAACAGUCUGGAAGACUAUAUACAUAUAUAUAUCCCUGUUUCAUGAAAAACAUUUCAACCUUUUUGUUUCUUCCAUUUUUAGGCUUUCUGACUUUCUUACCGAUGCUAUGGAACGAGUGAUUUGUUUACAGAUGGUUUAUCGUCGAAUGUCUGCCAGAUUUCGACAUACUCUGGAAUAUCUUGGUUAUAGUGCAGCUAGAGCCUCUAGUACUUCAGUUGGUUACUUUUGUCGAAUUCUAGCUGAAUUCGCUCUGGAAUACAGAACAACUCGAGAGAAAAUUAUUGAAGGACGAGAGAAAAAAGCGUUAGCACGAGAACGCAAACGAACAAGAGGAAAAUUAAUUGUAGAUGUUACUGGUUUACGAAAUGCACCAAAUGAUCUAGUUCAAUCGAAAGAUGAUGCAGAACUUCGUGAUUUAUUACUUCGACCUUCGAAUGAAACUGACUCAGAUGCAUCAUCAUUUACAGCUACCAUUAGACGACGUCUUCAUACUCCUGGACCAGCUCCUAGAAGAUUAGCACCUCCAAAUCGAGGACGAAGUCCAGGUUUAUUAUGUGAAACAUCAGAUGCAUCAAUGGAAGCAUUAGAUCAAGAACAGGAUAUUCUAUUAGAUGCUUGUUUACGUGCAAGUACACCAUCUAUCAAUUCUCAUGGAGCAUCAGGACGACGUGUUCCACCAAAAGAUCGUAGAAGACCUACAGAUCGUUCAAGGUUUUCAGGUAUGUUUAAAAAAGUAAAUAUCAGCAAACAAUAUUGUUUCCGACUAGAUUUUCAUCAUGUUCUACUCUAAUAUACAGUUAGUAUUUAUAUGCAUAAUAUUAAAAAUAUUAAAUCAACUAAAACAAUGCAUAAGUCACUGAUAACUAGUCGUAAUAAGUGGAUUAUUGAGUAGUUGACCUACUCUAAAAAUAUAUCCUCGAGUUAUAAUGAUAAUUUGUAACCUGUGAUGGAUUCAGUCAAGUUUAUUGUUAAGAUAAAUGUUUCUCAAUUGCGUCUUACUAGCUCAAGUUAAAAUUGUUUCCUGUCGUGUUCCGAUUGAAUGAGUGGGCGACGUAUCAUGACCGUUGUCUAAUUCGAUGGUGUUAUAACAUCCAAACUGACUGGGCUACCACACAGCGAUUCACCAACUCAAUUUUAUAGUGGCAUAAGACAAAAUCUCCGUAGGAAUCUGUAUUGUCAAAUAGAAUAAUGCAACUAAUGUGUAGUCAUAGAUUGUUAGACUGACCCAAACAAUGAUACAUGAGUUAUGACUUUAGUUGGAUGAACAAUCCAUUUGCUCACCAUAUCUUGCUAGUACUUACAUCUGACUUAAUGUUAGAGCUUUGAUAAUUCAUGUACUUUGUAAUGAUUUGAAUUAUCCUGUUGCUGAUAUUCUUGACUGAAUUUCGGUGUGUGUUAAUUGACAUAUAUGCACCCUUCUUGGAUUGUCACUAUAUUUACAGUCAUCUACAUACAUAAACACAGUACAAGUUACAUAUAUCUGAGUUUAUUUUAAAUUAUACUAUUCAUUUUAAUUAUUCAUCAUUGUUGUAUACUACUUGUGUGUUUUUUUUUUUUUUCUAUUCAACCCGUUUCUCUCUGUAGUUUUCCAGUGCGUUCUGAGAGAUGUCUCGUUUUUCUUUUCAUUGAUUUUUGUUGUUGUUGGGUUUUUGUUUUGUUUUGUAAAAUAUUUAAGUUUGUACAUGAUGUAAUUUAUUGAAAUUGAAUGCUACUCGAUGUAUGUGUUUGCGUGUCUAUUUAUAUGCUUGUAUACAAGGCUAUUAUGCAAUGGUGAUAUGAAUAACAGUCCAAUUAUUUUUUUUAAAAUGAUCUAAAUGAUUUAAAGCAAUUAGUCCCUUUUAUAAAUUUCGAUAGAACAAUGAGAAGAUAAACUCCGUCUUCUCAUUGUUCUAUCUAAAUGGUUUAUUUAUUUCACGAGAAAUCUGGUAUUGUCUUUAAAUUAGUGUCAAUGACGCUUAUAUUCAAUAUAUUGUUGACGAAUAUGUCUAAUCUUAAAAUAAUAAUAAUAAUGAUAUGUUUUGCAUAAAGAAACAAGAUCAUUGAAAUGAUAGAGCGGAUUUGUAGUUUAGUUGUAUGUUUUUGCUGGUGUUAUGUUCUGUGAUCUGAAUAGAAUUUAUUAUUAUUAUUCUAAAUAACAUCAUUAGUAUCUACUUAUUUUAAGUAGUAAAGAAACCUUGAUAAUUUUAUUCAUAACGAUGAAAGCUUUACAAUGAAAACAUCCAGUUUAAUGAACACUGAAAUGUCUCCCAAAACAGUACUUCAUAAUUAGCAGAUAAUUAGUUUUGAAACUUCAUACUGUUGAAUUUUCUGUCAUGGAAUUGUGAAAAUCUCUAUGUAGGCGUUCUUUUUUAACUGAAUUUCAAAAUAAUUCCCUUCCAGACACGAGUUAUACUGCUUUAGUGAACUUUCAGAAUAUCUAACAAAUUUCAUUUCAGUAAUUAUCCUAGUUUAGUUAGAUUAUGUACGAAGAGGUUGGUUCGAAUUCAACAUGACUUACAUCAACUAGAAAACUACUAAAAUCUAAAAGUUAUUGGAUAGUCGUCUCGUUAUCAUUUGAGAUUCGUCAACAGUAAAUGCACACAGCUGAUGCAUUAUAUUAUUGUCCAUAUGAAACAAUCGAUCUCGCAACUUACCAUGCAUGCUGUUUGGCAUAUACAAAAGUCAUUCUCUGUGUAACUAUUCAUUUAUAGCACGUGUAAUGCAUAUUCAUUAUGGUUUAAAAAACAUUAUGACAUUUUAUUACUGUUUUCACUUUGAUUCUUGCAAAGUAUAUCUCUUUUGAUUAUUAUUAUUGUUGUUUGUGAAUUAAUUAUUCCUAUUUUUUUUCUUUUAAAUUUCUUCUUCAUAUUAUUUUUUUUGGUUCGAAAUUCAAAUCAGUCCGUCGAACUCUUAACAAGAAAUUAGCUGAAGAUGAUAUCAAAGCCAUUGAACGUGUGAUACAAGCAUCAGCAAAAACUUGAAUUAAACAAGUUUUGCUAUCCAAUAAAUUAAAAUGUCUGCAUACAUGAAUAAAUGGACAAAUCUGCAUUAAUAUUACAAAACUGUGUUGUAAUGUAUGAAUAACCAUUUUGAAGAUGUCGAUGGAUAAAACGUAUUUUCUUUCUGUAUAUAGAAACAAACCUCUAUCAACUACCUUUUGUGUGAAAUAAUAACAAUCCUCUGAAUAUUGUUGAUUAAAACGAAAUCUUCUUUUCAUUUUGAACUCCAUAAAGUUAUUCCCAUCUUUGUACAUUGAUACAAAUAUACACAUGUACGUAUCACCGAGCAUAUACGAUGUGUGCAUAUGUACCUAAACUUGUUACAGGCAUUGUAACUCUGGUAACUUACCUUUUUAGGUUAAACCGUUUGUUACUAACCUAUCCUCAAUUGUAUAAUCAAAGAGUCUAAAAUUUAUCUCAAGCGAAUUCUAUUUGUAAUUCAAUAGCUUGGCAACAGACAGGAUACCGAAAGAUAUCUCUCCAUUACAAGUCUUCUUCAACUCCCCUACUACAAUUACAUUUAUUCAUCACCUAUGUGAUAGUGACGUAAUCCUCCUAAAUGUUUACCUCAAAUUUCUUUUAUUCUACAAGAGUGCAACUUUCAUACUAUCUAUGCAUCAUAUAUAUAUAUAUAUAUAUAAUUUUAAGCAUAAUACUCUGAUAGACAUACUCAUACAAUCAAAAUGUAAGCAAUUACACAAGAUUACAAAAGGAAAUUCGCCUUAUUGAUUGUAUGAUAUACAACAGCCGAAUUUGUUGUUAUCGGUCUUAAUGCUAAUGGGAGCAGAGUAGAAAUUGUAUAUUCGCUAACUUUUAUGGUUUCUUUUGCAAAAGAGUUGAUCGGAUUUUGCCCAAAUUUCUUUUAGUUGCCUCUAAUUAUAAUAUAUUUUUUCUUUCAAAUUUCGUUUGUUAUAAUUUGUUAUUACCUUCACUUAAACAAACAAACAAACACAAUUUGUUUGCUUUUCGACUUUAUACAUUUUAUUUUCAUAAUCAAUUUCUCUUUCGUUACACACUGGAUACUAUGACUUAAGAGAAAAAUAACAAACUAUUUCCUAGAUAGAUUAAACUUUCAGUUAUUCUUACUUCAAAACAAAACACAACAACAAGAUCUAUCCUUCUUCCCUUCUCCCUUUUUUAUGUGUCCUAAUGUAUGCACAUUAUGUAAUGUGUUCGCAGUCAAUCCCUUUCUUUUCCUCUUAUAUCUUUUCGGUUUGAGCAAUUAUGAGAUUACAAGGAAAAAGAUGCAUUUUUAAGUUUCUCAUUGUUUAUUCCACUGUUGUGUUUUAAUUUAUCAAUGAAGUUUAAAUGUGAUUUUCUUUAAUGAUCAUUUUCUAAUGUUCAAUUUUUUUUUAAAAAAAAAGGCAUUCAAUUCCUAUAUUUUUUAAUUUGCUGCUAUCCAUAGUUUACCAAGCUUCCAAGACAAACCGUAAUGUAUAAACCUUUCUUUAUAAUAUAUAUGUAUAUCGAUUCCCUAGACAAUUUAUUGUCAAACAAAAAUUCAAAUUAAUUCAGAUGGAUAAGUGAAGAGAAUGUGUUAAUCUGUGUUAGAUUGGCUGGAUUGUAUUGUUUCCGAAUCUUUGGUAUUUCUCUCCAUCCUUACCUGUAUUUUAUGUUUUUAUGUACUACUACUACUACUGCCGAGAUUUUAUUUUUUAGAUAGAAUAUAUAUAUAUAUACUUAUCCAUGUAUGUAUAUCAGAUUCUUUUUUAAAUUUAAUUAAUAUUACCAGUUAUCCAUUUAUAAAUUACCCUUCCCAACUUUCCUAACCAAACCCCUCAACGUAUAACGAUAAGAACUUGAUAAACAAAUAAUUACAUGAACAUUCAUUAAACUUAAGAAUUCACAUCAAAGUGACUUUUUUUGUACCUCACCAUCUAUUAUCUCCUUUCAUCUCUGAUCCUAAAAAGCCUUCAUUUAUUUUACAUACAAUAAAUACUGAUUCAGAUGGAUAGACAGGUUGAGUGAGUGACAGAUAUACUUGCAUAUUUGUGUGUAAGGAGAUUGAAAUUGCAGUUAAAGUAGUAAGUAUUAACCGAAUUCAUGUGUUUACUCCUCCAUUAUUUCAAACCUCGUUUCUUUUCAAAUCCUUCUUCUUGUACAGUAAGUAUCUCUUCAAAAAAAAGGUGAAAUGAGCCCUUUUGACAAACUGUGUUUUGAAGGAGGAUGAUUUUUUCCUUCAUACUUCUAUGAGUAUUUUGAUACAAUCACCUGAUUCUUCCUAAAUAUAUAUUUCCUUUGGUGUUAUGCACAAUAUGUGUGUUUAACUUAUAUGUAUCAAUAUGUAAUUAAAUAUAACAAUUAUACAAAUUACUUCAAGUUUCAACUUUUGUUUUCUUCAAAAUAUCACAGGUUUUAUUUAAAAUGUUUUAACAUUGUGUUCUCACAAUCUAUUCAAUAGCACAAAUGUGUGUGCAUAUCCAAUCAUAAAACUAACUAUAUAUGUUCACUACUAAUUGACGUCGAGAAGCUCUGAUCAUAUCAAGAGUAAAGUAGAUAUUACCAAUCUCACUGGAUGACUGCCAUGCUAUAUAUUGCGAACAGAAUGAUGUUGAUACGAUAAACGACUAAAUCCUGACAUCACGAUACGUAAAAGUUUGAUAUUCAAUCAUGAGUGCUGUUAUAUCUGGGUUGCCAUUGUUUAUGUUCAUGUCGACUCGGUUGUAUCCACGGUCUAAUUGGAAACGGGAACCACUGGAAUUCCCAUGAUGCAAAAUAAGAACACGAAAAACUGGUACCGCGAAGAUUUAUUGGCUCUCCCAAAAAAUCCCAAAAUCACGUCCUCAUUAGACCAAAAUACAAUCAUUUAUAUACUAAUGUUUACACACAAUCAUAUCACUUGAAGAAAAUACAUACAGUAGCUGUAGAAAACACAUUGAAUAUAGUUCACCUGGAUUUAUGCUGGGAAUAUAUAUGUCAUACUGAACGAAAGUGUAUACUUGUUGUGCUUAAUCAGUACAAGAAAUAGUGUCCUUAGAAGAUCACGCUGAAUGAAGUUCACACCUGUCAUCACAGCCAUAAUUCAUAGUGAGUUGGUACAAAAACUAAACCUAAAUAAUGUCAUCUUUUUAUCGCGUCAUAUAGGCUACGAGCUGCCGAACUAGAACAAAACAUCUAUACUCUGAUUGAUUGUUUCUUAUAGUUUUGAAACUGAUAUUAUUGGUCUGCGAUAAAAACUAAAUUAAUAAAUAAUCUGUAAACCCUCUUAAUUCAAACGACCAUUACGAACUGCUUAGCAAAGUAUCUGAUAAUAAGCUGCAGAUUCAUAACCUUUUGUUAAUACACUAAGAAUCAAAUGGUAGGAUUCAUCAACUGAGCUUAGAUAAAUUCUAGAAAAUAUUAUUGCUUCCAUUAGGAUUCAUAACUAACGUAUCAAUCAUUUCUUGUUUCGACCCACCAAGCUACAAGUAGUAGACGUUAUCGCUGUGAUUCGCGAUCUGUAGCCAAAUGAAUAGAACUGUUGACCAAGUAUAUGUCAAAAUUAUUUGUAAGUAUUAUAAGUUCAGCUCAAGAGGAUUACUAAAUUAUUAAGUCUACUAGUGAUGAACUCGCUUAACAUCAAUACAGCUGAAAAUCCUCAUGUAAUUAUUAAUAUAAAUGAUCACUAAACAAUACUGAAUACCCUUAGACAAUAUUUGCCCACCCUGAAUCUUUUAUCCUCAAUGUCCAAUCGGAACACAACGGAAGCCACUCAGCCUUCUCUUACCACAACUCGGAAAUUUAUAUACAUUAAUUAAGAUAGACAAUGUGGCAAUAACCUCUACAGCAGUUGGCCUCAACCUACACAAGGGAUAAAGCAAGAUCCUCAAAUACAACACAGAAAGCAUAAACCGAAUCCCGAAUGAUGGAAGCUUUCACGUACCUAGGUAGCAUCACUGGUAAAUGAGGAGGACUUGGUGCAAAGGUGGAGACACGGAUUAGCAAAUCAAGGGUAGCAUUUCUACAGUUGAAGAACAAAUGGAACUCAAAACAAUUGUCAGCCAGCAUCAGUCACAACUUCCGAAACAAACGUUAAGACAAUUCUGCUGUACGGAGCUGAAAUUUAGAUAACUACUACAAAUAUCAAAAAUGUACAGGCAUUUAUAAUCAAUUCUCUAUGUAAGAUACCCAGUGUUCCUUGGUUGAAUACCAUCAGGAACAACAUACAGCGUCAGGUAACAACCCAGCUUCCAACUGAAGAGCAAAUUAGCGAAAGACGUUGAAGAUGAAUAGGAUAUAUAUUGCGUAAAUCACCAAACUGCAUCACGAUGCAUUCCCUAACUCUGGAUCUUGAAGGAAAAUAAAAAGAGAAAGACUAACGAACACAUUUCCAGCAUACAGUUGUCGAGAUUGUUGAGUUUUAAUUGAGAUUAUGAACCAAUCUAUGUUAGACCACCAUUGGAGACAUUGAAGCACUGGACGGAUGUUUCGUCCCAUUAUGCGACCCACCAACAGUGCGCAUCCACGAUCGCGAACGCGAGAGUCUUAGUGAGAAGCCAUGACCAGUGGUGUUCAACCGUGUCGGAUGGAAGAUGGACGCGCGAUAUCGUGGACCGGUUGAAAGUAAACAUAAGCAGUGUUGGAUGUCGGCUCAUUGGAUGAGACGGCCGUCCAGUGCUUCCAGGUUUCCAAUGGUGGUCUAACUUCGAUGGUUCAUGAUCUCAAUUAGAACACAUUGCGUCGGGAAUUGGAGAUAUAUAUCAAAAGAGUGAAUAGCACCUGGAAACAACUGGAAAGGAGAGCAAAGGACAUAGUUGGCUGACGGCUUAUGCUCCUCCACGAGGCGUUACAGUCGUGAUUUAGUAAAUAUUAAUUAAUUACGAGAUUAUUAAAACAAUAUAAACAGACACUAAUAAUAAUAAUCUAUGCACUACUAGGCUGUUUGUAAUAUAAAACUGAGCAACAGGUAAAUAAUUAAUUAAUGUUAAUUUAACAUCAAUUACAUAUCAACAAUUAAUGACUUAAAUGAAAGUCCUCAACUUCAACAAUACGAAAAAAUACCAUAAACCAAAUAUUUAAUAAAGAUAUAACAGAAAUGCAUAUAAUAAUUCUCCGUAAAACAAAACUUUACCUUUUCCAUUUAUUUACUUGUAGCUAACAGUAUUAACUACAAUAAUUCCAAGAAUUUGAGAUUUUCUCAUUCUCAAUAUUAAAGACUAGAUUUGACCAGGUCCUGUUAGCAUACAAUGUUCUAGAACAAACUUCUCAAAUGUUAGUUACUAUGACAAAAAAUUGUACAUGAAUCAACCAUUGAGUAGCAAGUAACUUAUAGCAACUCACGUGCAAUUGAGUUUGUUCUCAUUUAAUUCGGUUAAGUCCUUCUGUUAACUUAUUUAGCGGACAGAGCCAUCCGUAUUGUAACAACC